AAUGGGGAGACCAGCGAGUAUAUAUUUAGUACAUACAUCAUACGGCUAGCCCAGGCUUAAAAUCAAAUGAGGGGAAGGUUCCAUUCGUCAUUCAACUCCAAGCACUUUCGUUCUUCGCGACUUCAAACCUCCGUGACACAAAAACACACACGCUCACAUAAACAACCUCAAGCAAUCAAAAAUUAACCCAUUACAGCCCUUUUAAACCAUCUUUAACCAACCGCUCAAUAACCGACCAUGGCGCCCGAGUCCAGACCCCCUCUUCCACCCUUCACGCUCGAGACGGCGCAGCGGAAAGUCAAGGCCGCGCAAGACGCGUGGAACACAACAAACCCCGAGGUGGUGCAAUUCGCCUACACGCCCGACUCCAUCUGGCGCAAUCGCGGUACCUUCCUUCAGGGCCGUCCCGCCAUCGUUGACUUCCUCCGUGACAAGUGGGCCGUGGAGAGCGGGUACCGCCUGAGGAAGGAGCUGUUUGCUUUUACCGACAACAAGAUCGCCGUCCAGUUCUGGUACGAGUGGCACGACGAGGCAGGGCAGUGGUGGAGGACGUACGGGCUCGAGGACUGGACGUUUGCCGAUAACGGCCUAAUGAGGAAACGGCAGAUGAGCGGCAACGAUGUCAAGAUCUCGGACGAGGAGCGCUGGUUCAAGGACGGCGUCGACGUCAACACGGUCGAGAUUGUCGAGAAGCACUGGUGAUCGGACCGGCUAUAAUUUGGGGUGCGUAAGCGCCUCGAUUAUUGCGGCGGCGAGGGCAAGAAAAGAAAGAGAAAGGAAAGCUACUCGCGUUUGGAUCUGGAAUGAAAUAUAAAAAGACAGCAAAAGAAAAAAACCAGCAGGACUGAAGAGGCAGUCGAUAAUGAAAUGGAAGCAAACAACAUCGCACUGUCGGAUACACAGCUUCCAAUGAAAACAAAUUGUAAAAGAAAAAAGAGACGACUCGCGGCGUUGUUGUCAACUACACGACUGCUUGUGAUUGCUCUGCAAAUCAACCAACAAGCAUAUUUAUCGUCCUGCGUUCCUAUGCUAGCAUCUCAUUGACAUUAAUCCUUGUGAGAAGUCCUCGUGGGUUAGUCAUGAGCCGUGAGCCUACUAUCACGUCGACUUACGUUGUUGGUAGUAAUUAGUAGUUUGCCA